AUGACCGACGUUCGCGAAGAGAUCGCACGACUCAUCCCACAACUCGAUCACCCGGACGCCGAGCUCCAGCGCGGCGUGAUGGACCAGAUCGUGAUCAUGGGCUCCGACGCGAUCGAUCCUCUGGCGGCGAACCUCAACUUCGCCGAGCCCGCGGCGUGCGAGGCGAUCGUGCGCAUCCUCGGUGAGAUCGGGGACACGAGCGCGAUGGUUCCCUUGAUGCGCUUUGUCUUCGACAACAAGGAGAGCAUCGAGAAGUCGGACGCGCGCGGGCUCGCUAUGCGCGCGAUCAUGCAUCUGGCGCAACCCUCUCAUGCCCCCAAGCUCUUCGACUUCCUGAUGGAUGUUCGUCAUGACCAAGACCCCUUCGUGCGAGGUUGGGCGCUCGAGGCGAUGGGGAAAUUUGGUGACGCGCGCGCCGAGCCGAUCUUGCGUGAUGCGCUCUCGGACGAGCACGACUUCGUGCGCGAGCGCGCCACGAGCGCGCUCGACGCGCUCGAGGACUCGGGCGGACGCGAGCAGGGUCUCAAGCGGGAGCUCUCGGACACCGAGAUCCUCCAGAAGCUGCGCAACGCCAAGGACGGCGAGAAGACGUUCUAUCUCAACGCGCUCGCUGAACGAGAUGACGCCUUCGAGCUCGCCGCGAGGCUCGUGCGCGAGGGCAACAAGGGGGAGCUCACGGGCCUGCAACUGAUCCUCAAUAUGGAGGAUUCGCGCGGCCGUGAGGUCGCGCGCAGGCACUUUCGAGCCACGGACAACGCUGCGCAUCGCGCGAUUUGCCUGCGUAUCCUGGCGAGGUUCCUCCAGAGCGAUGCCUCCCCGGAAGAGAUCGCGAUCAUCCAGGCCGGGUUCCAGGACAGCGACUCUUUCGUGCGCAUGGCUGCGUCGGCUGCUGCUGGCGUGAGCGGUGAUGAGGACCUCGUCAAGCGCGCCAUCGGCGCGCUCAAGGGGCGCGACAUUCACGCGGCGCUGUCCGCGGCCGAGGCGCUCGGUCGAGGGCUCACGCCAAAGAUGAAGCGGUUUGUCCCGCAACUUCGCGACGCGCUCGAGCAGGCGCACUACCUUCGCCUUCGCACCCGCGAGGAAGAGCCCGCCUUGCUCGAGGCGCAUCUGCUGCGAGCGAUCAACAACCUCCUCCCCGAGGUCGUCGUCGGGAGAACGGAUCUUCAAAACGAUGCGCUGCGUUCGCUGGAGAAGGCGGGUCCCUUCUGGCCCGUGAUCGUGAGCGCGCUGAGGCUCCUGCGCGAUGCCACAGCGGAAGAGCCCGCGCGCGCUGACGAGGAUCGUUGGACCAACAGCCAGACGCGUUACCUCGUGGAUCUGCUCGACAACGAGGAUGACCGCGUGCGCUCGCGUGUCAUCGAUUUGCUCAAGCACGCGGGGGCUCCUGGCGAGACCUCGAUCGCCACGGCGGUCGAGCGCUUGAUCCACGACGCGUCAUUCGAUGUCGUCGAGGAUGGUAUCCCGCUGCUCGAGCUCGCUGGCGGAGAGCGCUCGAGGACCAUCCUCAAGGAUCUCUCGUCGAGCCCGGACGAGCGCAUCGCCAACGCGGCCGCGGCCGCGUUGCGAGACCGGCGCAACAGCCAGAGCGUGAUCGACGUCAGCUUCUUCCCAUCGGACUCGCGAGUGAUGUCAGAGGAGCCAGAGGACGGCCUUGAACCAAUCAGCGAGGGGGGCCUCGAUGAGAACACCGAUCCCGACAUGAACGCGCGGGAUCCGCUCCGUCAAAGUCAGGAGAUCUUUCACUCGCUCGGGCACGAGGAUCAGAUCGCCGCCACUGGCGAGAUGGACAGCGUCUCGAUCGGUUCGGUCAACCCGAUGUGGCAAGAGACGCCGCUCGGGGGCAAUGAGCAGGACGCCGAGCUCCCCUUUCUUCCCGCUCCUGACUCUGACGCCGCCUACUCCUUUGACUUUGAUGAGGCGCAACUUCGCGAGACGUAUCCCUCGCUCGAUAUGGAGCCGAUCCCCGAGGAUACGCAGCUCGCCAUACUCACGCCAUCCACCGAGCCCGAGACGCCCAUCUUCGAGGACACCGACGAGGAGAAGGCGUCCCUCCAGGAGAUCGAUCUGAGCCUCGAUCAGGAUAUCGAGGAGGCGCUCGCGAGCUUUGAUCUCCAGGGCAUGGAACCGCUCGAAGAGGAGGAGCUCGAUGUCGAUGACAUCCUCGAGUUCGAUGACCUCUCGGGUUACAUCCAGGAGGUCGAGGACGACGAAUACGAGGAGGCGCACGCUGCUCCGCAGGUCGAUCCCUUCCUCGCCUCCGGCAUGUACGUCAUGGGCGAGGAGGAAGAUGCGGCUCGCGACGACCUCUCGGAUACGAUGGGCGCCGAUGAUAGCGAGGUCGUGCUCGAUCCAUUGUCCAUGUCUGGCUUCGAGGUCAUCGAAGAGAUCCCGCAAGGCGGCGCGCACGAGCCAUUGUACCCGGACGAGGAGGUCGUCGAUGAGGAGAUCAUCUUCAUCGACUCCGGGAUUUACGAGAUCGACGAGGAUCUCGAUGACGAGGAGGCGAUGGUUGUCGCGCGUCGCUUUGUCAUCGAGGACACCGACCCCGAAGCGCAGGCCGAGGAGCCGCGCGUCGAGCGCCAGCUUCGCGUCGGGCUCGACGCGAUGGGCGCGCGCUUUUCAUUGCGCGAGCCCUGGUCCAAGUGGGCGACCGAGCUUCGCCUGGAGGUGCUCCAGGAGCCAGACAUUCGCAAACGCGGCGCCUACAUCUACCUCUUCUCGACGAUGCUUCGGUUGCAUGGCGAGGCUGGCGCUGCGAGCGCUUCACAGCUCGAGAGCGCGGCAAAGGAUGCGCUCGAACAUCUGCGCGGCCCUCGGAUCUUGCAGCUCGCCGAAGCCUGGAACGGCUCUAUCGCGCAGUUCGUCGAGCGCCUCGAUCAGCUUCGCGCGCUGUUCGCGCACCGGCGCGGUGAUCGCGUCGCCGCGGCAGGGUUCUGGCGCCAGCUCGCGCGCUAUGUACAGGGGGACGAGCGCGAACAUCUGCUCACCCUGUCUGGCUACCUGACCAAGGAAUACAGCAGCUUCUUCGAGCGCGCCGCGGCCGAUAGCUCUCCUGCCUCGAUGUCUCGCAUUCUAUUGACCAGCAUGCAGUAUGGCGCGUGCUGGAAUGGGGAUCACUUGCUCGAAGCGCAGGCGCUCGAGUGGUCGCUCGAUCAGAAACAGGAUGAUGAAGAGGCGGCCAUGGCCGCCACGUUGCAUCGUCUGGCGAUGCUCCGCGGCGCGAUGGAGAAGGGGGGCGAAGAGGGUAGCCUCGGCCUGGCUCUGGAGGCGGCCAUGGCCGCCUCCAGAGCCAGGCCGGAUGAACUCAUCCAUUGGCUCGCCGUCGAGCGGCUCGCGCGCCGCGUCGGCGACAUGGAUGCGCUGAUCGAGUCAUUCCAGGCUCAGAUCCGGCUUAUCGAUGACGCGACCAUCCGCGCCCUCGUGCGCGAGCAAUUCGCGCACACCCUGAUCCUCUUCGAGGGAGAGGAUGGCGAGCAGGAGGCUCGCCAGCAACUCGAGCGCGCGCUCCAGGACUCGGGUGAUUGUCUUCCGGUCUUGCUCACGCUGGGGCAGGCGCGCGUUCGCAAUGAGGAUUGGGAUGGUGUGAUGCGGUUGCGCUCCGCGCCAUCUGUCGGAGAAUCACAGGCGAUCAACCCCGCGUGGCGCCGCGCGGACCUGCUCGAACGCAUCGGCGGCGAUCCUCGCGAGGUGCUCGCGCUCUAUCGCUCCGCUCGCCACGAACACCCCGAGAGCGUGCACCUGUUUAUGAGCAUCGAGCGCUCGCUCGCCAGAUUGGGGCAGUGGAGGGGGCUCGUGAACCUGUUCGAUGGGACGCUUCGCGAGCAGCCCGAGUUCGCCGCGCGCCUCGAAGAGAAUGGCAUCGAACUCGCCGCCUCCAGGCUCGCCGUCGAGUCCUACCUGGAAGAGGUUCACAGGCCCAGCCUGGAGAGCCUGGAGCAGUACGCCGAGCGUCAUGGCGUGAUCGAAACCACGAUGGACGAGCACGGCGCACAUAUCGAUCCUCCUCGCGUGCUCGACGAACCGAUCCUCUGGAAGCUCGUCGCCGCGCGCGUGCACAGAAAGCAGUGGGAGGAGGUCGAGGAGUUGCUCGAGCUCGUGGUCGCCUCUGGGCGCUCGCGCGGACUGCCCGAGCUCGAGGAUAACCCCGCCAUCCCCGAGGAUGUCGAGCCGGAGAUCCUCGAGAUCCUGGGCGCUGAUCCCUUACACGCCAUCUCGCUGCUCGAGGCCGCGAUCCGCACGAACUCCUGGGAGUUCGCGCGCGGGAUGACCAUCUCGAUCACGCGCGCGUUCGCUCCCAGUCAUGCUCCGAUCGCCUCGUUCGCGCGUGUGCUCACCGUCAUCAUCUCGGAGUGGUUGCUUAAAGACCACGAGGGGACCUUGCGGCAUGUGCGCGAUUGGUCGGACAUGGGCGGCGAGGGUGGGGGAGAGCUCGGCGUCCUGCUCAUGCUCUCGGCCUGGUACAGGGCCGCGCGCAGGUUGGGGAGAGAGGUCGAUUCGGACACCAUCGCCGAGACCAUCCGCGAUCUGUUCAAUGACGCCACCGUCGCGCUCUUCGAGCAGGAGCUCCCCUUGAACAAGCGACCUCCCGAGGAGGUCGCCGCCUGGUAUCGCUCGCGCGCAGAUCACGCCACGGGCACCACCCGCGUGUACCUGCGCGUGAGCGGGGCAUUGAUUCCCUGGUUGCUUGGCCGAAGAGAUCGGAACGCCGCCGCUGAUAUCGCCGAUGCCGUCGGGCUCGCUGAUGAUGUGCUCCAUCUGAUGACCUUCUUCGGCGUGCUGUCUCAUCGCGAGAUCGCGCAGCACGCCUCGGCGGAGCGCUACCUCGGCGCGCUGGCGCAGCAGCGCGAUGUGUUGGGGUUGGCUCAGUGGGCUGGUGUGCGCGCGUUGUUCCACCUGGCGACGACGCAGAAUUGCCCGGAAGAUGCCGUGCGUCAGCUCAGAGAGGCGAGCGUGGAUGCUGCCGAGGCGGCGCCCUGGCUCGCCGACUUUGGCGGGUUGCUCGUGCGCGCGCUCAGGCGGCCAGACGCGCUCGGUCCGCUCGAGGUGCUCGAGCGCCAGAGCGAGGGGGCCGCGCGCGCCGCACAGCUCGAGAUCGCCGAGCUCACAAACGAUCACGAGACCAUCACGAACCUCGCCAACAGCCAGCUCCCCGCCGCCAUGAUCCUGGCGGAGGUGCGCGCGGCCAACGAGCGCAAGGAUUGGCGACAGCGCAGCAACCUCGAGCUUCGCUACGCGGGGUUGCGUCAAUCCUUGGUCAAUGACUCCCAGGAUAUCAUUCGCUUGCGGUUCCUCGAUUUCAUCUCCGAGAUCGAGCCCGCGAUCUUUGGCUCUCCCUGGGGGCCGAUGCGGCUGAUCGACGAUGACCUCGGACGCCUCGGGUUGCCUUCCAAGGCGCUCGACACGUUGUGCGAGACGCUCGGUGUCGCGCUCCAGCGUCGCUUCAUGGAGCUCUGGCGAGCGCGCGCUCGGCGCGCGAGCGGUGAAACGCGCGCCGAGAUCCUAUACGAGGUCGCGCGCCUCGCCGAGGUCAGCAACGACGAGCAGAUCGCUCGUGACCUGUAUGAAGAGAUCCUCGAUUUACACCCGGCGUUUACUCCCGCCGAGAUCGCCUGCUCUCGCUUGCUGCUGCUCGAUGGGGAUUGGAAAGGCGUGGCAGCGAUCUGGGAGCGUUCGCUCGCGCGCACCGAAUCCGAGAUCGAGCAGAUCGGGAUCUCGUUCCGGCUCGGGUUUAUCUACGAGCGUCGGCUCUCUCACCUGCCAAACGCGCUCCAACGCGCGCUCGAUCACUACGCGCGUGUUGCAUCACUGAGGUCGUCGAGCGCCGCAGCCCUGCAUGCGAUGGUUCGUAUCGCGCAACAGCUCGGGCGCUAUGAUCUCGUGGCGGAUUCGAUCUCGAGCCUCAUCCCGCUCUGCCUCGAUCGCGAUCUCAAGGCAUCCUUCCACCUGGAGCUCGCGGCGCUCUACGAACAGGAGCUCGGCGCGCCGCAAGAGGCGCUAAGGCAUUACCUCGACGCACACUUCCUCGAUCCUCACUCGCACGUGUCGCUCUAUGGCACCCUGCGCACGGACGCGGAUGGAGAGCGAGAGCACGCCGUCGAGGCGCUCUCGGAGCGCCUCGACGUGGCCACGGCGCGCGAGGCCGAGGAGCUCGGAGACCUGCUCUUCCUGCUCGGAGAGACGAGCCCUCGCGCUGAAUAUCUGAUGCGCCAACGGUUUGGCGAACACCUCGUCUGGCGAUUGGUUCAGUUUGUCGAUGGCAUCGAACGCGGCGAGGUUCACGAGGAGGCGUUGCUCGUGACCGUUGGCGCCGUGAUGGAGCCACAGCUCAAGGAGAUCUUUAUCGCCAUCGAGCGGGCAAGGCGCGCCAGAGGAUCGCUCGAGGUGGGCACCGAGAUGACGCGCGCGGCGAUGAUGAUCCGAUGGCUCGGGACCAUCGAGGAUUCGCUCGAUUUGUGCUCACGAGCGCUCGAGCGCUCGCACGACUUUUUGCCCGCCGUCAAGCUCGCCCGUCUGCUCGCCAGUGAGAUCCCGAACUGGCCAGCGGUGGCCAGGUGGUGCGCUCGCGAGGCGGACUUGACGCGCGUGUCCUCGAUCGCGCUCCGCGCUCGCGUCGAAGCGAGCGAGGUGCAACGUCGUCACAUCGGUGACCUCGACGCGGCCAUCGACCAGCUCGAGAUCGUGGUCGCCAACGAACCUCAUCACAGCGAGGCGUUCGAGAACCUGAAGACCUUGCUCAUCCAGGCGCAUCGCAUCCCAGAGGCGCUCGAGAUGUGCGAGCAACGCCUGACGCAGAUCAAGGACAGGAACGUUCGCCUCGCCCAGCUCAACGAAAUGGCAGACCUCGCGCUCAGCCACGGCCAGAUGCCCGAGGCCGCGAUCCGCUACCUCGCCGCGUCGAUCUCGAUCGAGCCCAGGCAGCUUCGCCGCCUGCGCAUUCUCGCCGAACUCUACGACGCGCAAAGCCAGUAUCAACAGGCGCUCGCCUGCUAUGAUGCUGCCACGCGCAUCUCUCGCGACGAGCGACUCAACGCGCGCAUGUUGCUCCAGAUGGGGCAUAUCCUCGAGCUCAAGCUCGGAGAGUUCGAGCCCGCAGCUCGCGCCUACGCGCGCGUCGUCGAGCUCGAUCCUGAUAACGCGCAAGCGCUCCAGGCGCUCGUGCGCGUGCGUCGCAAUCGCGGUGAUUUUCGCGGCGCGAUGGAGGGCCUCGCGCGCAUGGAGCGCCUUGCCAGGUCACCCGAAGAGCUACGCAAGGUGCGCACGUUGCGCCUCGAGGUCGCCGAGCAAGGGAACCUCCCCACGGAUGUGAUCCUCUCGGCGGCUUGUGAUCUGAUGGUUUAUCACCCCACGCAGCUCCAGGCGGCGGAUAUCUUCCGCGAGCGCCUCAUGAGCGCGAACCGCGCCGAGGAGCUCGACCUUCGCUUUCGCCAACUGCUCGACGCCAGCCUUCGAGAGCACACGACGCCCCCGUUGGGGGCUUACUUCGCGCUCGCGAGGCGUCUCGGAUUGGAUGACCUCUCGUAUAUGAUCGCCGCCAGCGGCAGGUGGUUGAGGAUG